AUGUAUUCGAACGACAUGGGGGUGAACGACAUGGGGGUGAACGACAUGGGGGUGAACGACAUGGGGGUGAACGACAUGGGGGUGAACGACAUGGGGGUGAACGACAUGGGGGUGAACCACAUGGGGGUGAACCACGUGGGGGUGAACCACGUGGGGGUGAACCACGUGGGGGUGAACCACAUGGGGGUGAACGACAUGGGGGUGAACGACAUGGGGGUGAACGACAUGGGGGUGAACGACAUGGGGGUGAACGACAUGGGGGUGAACGACGUGGGGGUGAGCCACAUGGGGAUGAACCACAUGGGGGUGAACCACAUGGGGGUGAACCACAUGGGGGUGAACCACAUGGGGAACCAACGGCCGGACAUUCCCCCUUCAUGCAACCCGGAGCUGGCAAGGCUGAUGGCGGAGUGCUGGGACCGUGAUGAGACAGUGCGCCCUGAGUUUGCAGAGGUGGUGGCUCGCCUGGAGAAGAUCCAAGCAGAGUUAGGGUCGGCGGGUGAUGGUCAAGGCAGUGGUGACACUGGGACAAGUUGCUGCACGAUACUGUAA